CGUCUUUCUUUGUGCAAUUUUCUGUCGGGUCUCAUAGUCUCAUGAAAUAUACCGUUAUUUCGCUUUCGUAAUUCAUUUAACAAAGUUAUACUUAUUUUUGAGAGUUUGCCUUGGUUAAUGAACUAUCAAGUUUUUUUUGUGGUGCUUUAUAAGAUCAGUGACAUCGCGUUACGGUGUGACUAUUUUGAUCGUUAAUCAGAUAUCGAUUUUACACUUGGUAUAGAUGAUAAUAUUUGUAUGAAGUUCAUUUAUUAAUGAGAACAAGUGAUUGUCAAACAAGCAACAAGAUUUUCGUGUUACAGUCCAACCCAAGAGAGAGCCGUGUCUUGGGGGAGAAGCACCCCGGGCACUACGGUGGCCCCAGAUACACCGGCACCGGCACCCCAUCCUCCGGGGGUGCUGGAGAUGACGGGCACCGACAACAUACGGUUCAGCGGACACACGCUCGACAAGGCCACCAAGGCCAAGGUCACCCUUGAAAACUUCUACACAAACCUGAUCACGCAACACAUUGAGAGGAAGCAGAGACUGGAGAAAUUGGAGGAGUCACUAAAGGAUGACAGCCUGACGGAGAGCCAGAAGCAAGAGAAACGACAGCAGCAUGCCCAGAAAGAAACGGAGUUCCUCCGGCUCAAGCGGUCCAGGCUCGGCGUCGAGGAUUUCGAGCCUUUGAAGGUCAUAGGGCGGGGCGCCUUCGGCGAAGUGCGACUGGUGCAGAAGAAGGAUACGGGCCACGUGUACGCCAUGAAGAUACUUAGGAAAGCGGACAUGCUGGAAAAGGAACAAGUGGCGCACGUGCGCGCGGAACGCGACAUCCUUGUGGAGGCGGAUCACCAGUGGGUGGUCAAAAUGUACUACAGUUUCCAAGAUCCAAUGAACCUGUACUUGAUCAUGGAGUUCUUGCCCGGCGGCGACAUGAUGACCUUGCUCAUGAAGAAGGAUACGCUCAGCGAGGAAUGUGCGCAGUUCUACGUCGCCGAGACCGCGCUUGCCAUCGACAGUAUACACAAGCUCGGGUUCAUACACAGGGAUAUAAAGCCCGACAACCUACUGCUGGACGCCCGUGGCCACAUCAAGUUGAGCGACUUCGGCCUGUGCACCGGGCUCAAGAAGAGUCACCGCACCGAUUUCUAUCGCGACCUGUCGCGCGCUACACCUUCUGAUUUUAUCUGCGCGGCGUCCGCUAUGGAUUCGAAGCGGCGUGCAGAGUCGUGGAAGCGCAACAGACGCGCGCUCGCUUACUCCACGGUGGGGACGCCAGAUUACAUCGCGCCCGAGGUGUUCCUGCACACCGGAUACGGCCCACAGGCUGACUGGUGGAGCCUUGGCGUCAUCAUGUACGAGAUGUUGAUCGGAUAUCCACCGUUCUGUUCCGAGUCGCCGCAGGAGACGUACCGCAAGGUGAUGUCGUGGCGUGAGUCUCUCACGUUCCCACCGGAGGUGCCCAUCAGCGAGGAGGCCCGUGAGACCAUCUUGCGCUUCUGUUCUGAGCCCGAUCGCAGGCUGGGCUCGCAGCGCGGGAUCGAGGACGUGAAGUCAGUGCAGUUCUUCCGCGGCGUGGACUGGAGCCACGUGCGAGAGCGGCCGGCCGCCAUUUCGGUCGAGGUUCGUUCCAUAGAUGACACGUCCAACUUUGACGACUUCCCUGAUGUCAAACUCGAGAUACCGGCUGCGCCGAUAUCGCAGGAGGGGGAGGCAGCGUACAAGGAUUGGGUGUUCAUCAACUACACGUUCAAGCGUUUCGAGGGGCUCACGCAGCGCGGGUCGCCCGCCGGCAAGUGAGCGAGCCGCCGUCCGACGAGCGGUGCGCCACCUACCGAUAUAUCUCUAUUGUAAUCAUGUCCACGGCGCAAUAGCUGCCUUUACACGUACGCGCUUUCAUGCAGGAAAGAUAAUCUGUGGAAUAAAAAAUAAGAUGUUUAAAGAAAAUGAAACGACUUGAAACUUAUGCGUUACGCGCGAAAGAAUAGUCACAUAACACAAAUAGUAAAACGCAAUAAUACACGUUUGCGCGCUCUGGUUUUCCCGCGCGCUCGUAAUCGUGCUUGAAAGAAUGUGUCGUGUAAAAGCAGCAAAUAAUUCCUAUGUGUGGAGUAUCGCCCCGCCCCGUGCACUCGAUGACAUAAUUUUACAAUAAAUUUUAGUAUUCAAUAAAAUGUGAAUAACUGUAUAAAAUAUCCUAGGGAUCGAUUUAUAUUGGAACGCGAGUUACGGUGUAAAUAACCAUAAGUCAGACGACUCCCCUCGAGAAGGGAUUUUUGUUUAGCUAAUUAUUAUUUAACUCUCAUGUUCAUUGUCAUUCACCCUUACACUGAUCGAGCGGACUGUCUCUCCGUAGCGUCAUAGGUUUUACACAUUACUCGGUACUAUUUGCCACAAUUAGGUAUAUAAUUGCAUGUUUCACUCAGGUAAAAUUUAAAGCUAAAGUUAUAAUCUGUUUAUUUUUUAUCUCGGAGACAAAUUUGAGAUAACCUAUAUAGUUGUCAGGAUGCAUGUACGACAACUCGACGCAUUCAUUCGCUUUCAACUUCAAGUCACGUGUUUAGAAUGAAAAUACACUGUAUAAUGUUUACUUUGUUACUAGUAAUCAUAUUUUGCAUUGAUUUAGCCAUUUAUGUGUGUAAUUAUUGAUUUACAUAAAAAUUUUUGACAAUCAAAUUAUACUUCUAUAUCGUUUUUAGACUAUAUAUAAGAAGGUCGGAGGACAUCACGACACUUCUGCCAUUUUAUUCACUUGAUUACGAUAUUUGUUUUCUAAUAUACCCACGAUGGAUUAAUGUUUUGAUUUAAAAGCAAGUUUAUCACAGCAAAUGUGACUCUACACUAGUAAUGAGAUACUGUCAAAAUACAUAUAAUUUACAAGUUUGCAAGCAACAGUAUGAAAGUGCUGUGACACGAGUACCAGCACCAAUUUCCUGUUAUAGGGACUUGUGUGAUAUAGAAUUCAUUUAAGUCUACACGGACACAUGUAACAUGCAAAUAAUUUUACCAUCAUUUGGACCUUAAGCUUGUUUCCCAUUCCCAUUACCGCCAAGUAAAUAAAAUCAAAUCGCCAUAAUACAAAUUAUUUUUGUAUGCAAUAUAAAAUAAAACUAAAUCAUAAUCUAAAUUUUUAAUUUUAAACUAUAACAAAUACAUACUUAUUACUAUAUUAAACUCGAAUCUAAUGUACUAAGUGCUUUAACUAUGAACUAUUUUAUACUUUAUAAUUAUAUUAUGGAGAACACUAUAACGCGUUCUAUUCUAAUGCAAUAGAAUUCCGUCCAAAUUAUUUUGCUUUCGACAGAUCCUUUGAGCACUUUAAAUGUGUGUGUUUGUUUGUACUGGCAACGUUGCUAUCGACGGGCCUUCUGUUUGAGAGAAUUAGGUUAACAGAACGCUGGAGAGAGUUCGUCGCAUUCUACGUUUUAUUUCUAAUUUCAUGUUAAUUGUAUUGAAAUUAUAUUAAGAACACAGUGACAUCGUUGUGUCUCCUAAUAUACGUACCGAGUUGCGUUCACUAAAAGAUAUUUAAAAUUGCGUUCUCCUAUUUGUAUUACGGCAUAUUGUCGGCACACUUAAGUAUGAAAUAUUUUUAUACUUCAGCAACAGAUGAAAUUAUUUUACACUUCUUUUUUUAAUUAUAUACGUAUUCAGAAUGUAAUAUUGUAUGUUAACAUCGUAGCUGAUUGUGACAUUUUUGUGUGUAGUCGCCUUAACACUUGUUAGAGGGAAGUACCCAGUAAUAGAUGUAGUUUUCCCUGCGGCAUAUUAUACAUGUCCGUGCCUUGCAUACUAUACCUUGUGAUCAAUUCUGUUCGAGGCUUGUAAUCAAUGGUACUUCAUAAUCAUACCGAAGUAUAUAUAUAUAUAUGUUUCCACAGACUAUGGUCUAUGCUUUUAUUAAUUUAUUUUCUAUUUCAUUAUGUUAAGCUUAUUAUUUCUUUUCUCAUUAAUCUGUCUUUAAACCUUCAAGUUAAUAGAUUUUGGCCAGGCUUUGUAUAACUAUUUCAUGGAUCAUAAUGUAUAAUCCUUUUAUUAGUUGAAGCUAAAAUCGGAGUAAUAUCAUUGACCAAUAUAUUAACCGUAGUAUAUUAUUGUGAAAGAUGUUAGGCAUGUGCAUUAUGAACAAUUAUAAGAGGUCCGUGCACCUUGUGCGCAGAUGCAAUGAUCGGCUUGUCGGUAUAUAUGUGAUGUUAUAAAUUCCUUUGUCUUUGAUAAUGUUCCUGUGAAUCAUGUAUUCGGUAUUUAGUUCUAUUGUAUGUGUAAUAAUUGUUAUAAUUUUACCAAUAUACUAUGAUCAACUGUUUUCACUUUCGUGGGCUGUUCACUUUUUACUCUUUCUUAUGUAAUACUUAUUAUCCAAAAUAUCUUUUGCUGUAAGCUGAUA